GUCUCGUUACACUGUUACCGACCCACAUUUGACUAUGGCUGGUUAUAAUCUGGUUUGGUUGCUGGUGGGUUCUCUAGUCCUCGUUUGUGAGUUAUCGCUGUGUCAGCACUCAUUCAUACACACGGUAGAUCAUGUUCUAAGAAAGGUGCUUCAAUGUCACCCGACCACCCCCGGGCUGGCCGUGAGUGUCGUGAAGGGCGGACAUGUAUUGCUGUCUAGAGGCUACGGGAUGAGAAACAAAACCACCCAGGAGCCGGUGACCAACACGACACUGUUUGCCCUGGGCUCGGUCAGUAAAGCCUUUGCUGCUACCCUUCUUAUGAAACAACUUGCCGCGCACAAUCUGACUAUUUACUCAAACGUGGCUGACAUUUUCGGAAAUGGGUUCCAGUUUUCUACCGCGGUCCGAACAGAGUAUGCUGCAAUCCGGGACCUUUUGUCUCACACCAUGGGACUUCCCCGACACAACAUGAUCCACCUCGACCCAACGUUGACGCUCCAAACAUUGCCAAGUCGUAUGAAAUAUUUAAAGUCGAACCACCCUUUCCAAAGUGUAUAUGAAUAUAACAACCUUAUGUACGGACUGGUCUCAGCUAUAUCGGAGAAGCUUGGAAGGAAAUCUUGGGAGAAACUUGUUGAGGAAAACCUAUAUACACAUCUGGGGAUGUCGUCCUCCUCGUUCCUGUCAAAAGUUGACCUUUCCGUAUCAAAGGUCGCGCAAGGAUACGUCACCGCAAAAGCUACAGGACAUAGCCACGCCGUCCCUUUCGAAUUACUGAGAGCAUGGGGCAAUAUGCCGGGUGCAAUAGGUGUUAUGAGUAGUGCAGAAGACAUGACGAAAUGGAUGAUGUUCCAUCUCAGUGGAGGAAGAAGCGUCUCGGGGACAAAGGUCAUGGACAGUGACAUUCUUGCCUCCAUCUACUACCCACGUAACUCCAUCGGCCAUUCCUCCAAGUACUUCAGUAGACCCAAUGUGCCUGUCGCUACAAGCGAGUAUAGUUAUGCGUUUGGCUGGAGGAACGGCUAUUACCGAGGGUACCCUAUCCUCCGCCACACCGGCACCAUUUCAGGCUACUCAUCUCUGCUAACACUUAUCCCCAACUCCGACAUAGGCAUAUUUACAUCCAUGACUGGUUCCGACUCUGAUUACGUGUUACGAACUUUACUCCACAACUACCUUGCGGACGUGGCGCUAGGAGAAACCCCCUGGUUAAAUGAAACAACCUUAUGUACUUUCCCGGAACCAUGGAUGAGGAAGGAUGCCUCUGUGUCCUCUGCUAUAGAAACGGACCUGCCGUUCCAUCGUGACGUCAACGGGUAUGCCGGUACAUAUCAUAACGACCUGUACGGGACUAUAACCCUUCAUGUGUCGUCUCCUCACCGUCACCUAGUGAUGCAGUAUGGUAUCGCCACCUGGUUUCUGUAUCCCCAACAUGCUGCCGACAGCUUCUCAGGAAAGGGCCACGGACUGGCAGCCGUCGUAUAUGAUUUGAAGUCCAUCGUCUUCCAUACAGCUGCGCAUGGUCACAUCCAUAGCAUGGUUAUUUCCAGCUUCGAGUCGUCUGAUCCACCUGUGUUUAUCAAGUCAGCGUCCCAUUCUACGUCACACAACGGACCUGCUUUUGGAUAGCUAAUUUACAUUUAUAGCAGUUGUAAAAACGAAUUUUCAAUACAUGCAAAUGUUUCUGUAUGUGUUAGGGGAUUGCUUUUAAAUGCUAUUACAUAAUGCAGGUGCACUUUCAAACUAAAUACAUAUAAAUUAUACAGCAGAACUAUCUAUAUUAAAAUGUAGUUUUACAUUCAAUUAGUCAUAUUCACAUGUUUUGUUCUUCGAUAAAAACAAAAAAAAACAAAAAAACAACAACAUGAGUUUAUGCUUUUAUAAUGUCUACAUCGUCGAUUCAAACUGACCUCCUCCAUGCAUAACAAUGUCACUGUUAACAUUAUUGGUAGUGCAUAUCCUGGCAUGAGCAUAAAUACCUAAAUUAUUUCCGCUAUAUCUAUAAUGGUUUAAAUCAUAAACGAAAAUGAAAUUAAUGACAUUAAUACAAUUAAAUUGUCCAAUAAGUAAAUUCAAUUAAAAAGUAGAACGAUCGCAUGGAUACUGCAGUGUUGGUUAUUUUUAUUAUUCAUUUUUAUUUUGUUUUAUUUAUUUAUGCAUUAAUUGAAAAUAUUACUACGUUUUCUCAGUAACAUAUAAACAGACUCUAGAUCUGAGGAGAGUGGGCUUGCUGACAGUAUAAGGUAUGGCCUUUGCAGCUAAAAAUGUUUAAAUCAAAUUUUUUCUUUGAAGCCAUGUUAAUUUUGUGUUUUACUGUUUUGCCUUCAAACUA